UAAGAAUAUAUGCCAAAUAUCCUGAAGAAGCAGGUGAAAGGUGGGAAUGAAUUGGAGAUAUGAGGAUUUGGCUAAGCAUUUUGUGAUGCUGACAAUUUUUUCUAUGAUAUACGCUGCUUCAUUCAUAUUUGUGUGAUUUUUAAGGUUCAACAAGUGUUUCAAUAGUCCCAGUAAAGUACAAUUCUCUGUACCCUUUUCAAGGAAAUUCAAUUUUUUAAGCUGUGUAGUUGGAGAAACGAAGAACAUGGAGAUUCUGUGAGACUCACUUGUCGUUUUUCUAUAUGUGUGGCCAUUAGGAGCAGACUGAAGAGCAAUUUUGAGUUUGUGUUGUUCUUUUGCAGAGAUCUGGGGUGAAUGGAACCUCCUACAGGAUUUUGUGCUUCAUUGAGCAGCUUUUUCCGAUUUCUUCCUUUCUUCAUUGGACUUCUGCUUCUUGGCAGCAUCAAAGGUUUCUUUUUCUGCCCAUUGAUAUGCUUAAUAAUGACAAUUGGGAACUCUGCUAUCAUACUUGGACUUUGGGUAGCACAUGUUGUUUGGACAUAUUACUGCGUCGUGAGAGCUAAACAAUUAGGGCCUAUUCUGAAGCUUGUUAUCUGCAUAUCUGUACUACCGGUGCUGUUGAUUUCAUGGCCGAUGAUUGGUAUUGUUGGAAGUAUUGUAGGUGGAGCAGCCUAUGGAUAUCUUUCACCAAUAUUUGCUACUUUUGAAGCUGUAGAGGAAGGAAAAGAUGACAAACUUUUCCACUGUUUUAUUGAUGGUACAUGGAGCACUAUUGAAAGGAGCUGCAUGGUUGUCAGGGAUGUAAAAGAUGUUUGUUUCUAUUCUUACUUUUCGGUUAUGGAUGACCUGCGGCAAAAGGGACCUCCUCAUAGAAACUACUAUGAGAUCAGGCUGCUUUAUUUUCCUGGUGCUUUUAUAGCUGCAGUUAUUGGGAUCAUAGUUGAUGUGCCAGUUAUAUCAUUCAUUGCCCUAUGCAAAAGCCCUUACAUGCUUUUUAAGGGGUGGCACCGAUUGUUUCAUGACCUCAUUGGCCGUGAGGGCCCUUUCUUGGAGACAAUAUGUGUACCUUUUGCAGGUCUUGCUAUCCUUUUGUGGCCAUUGGCUGUUGUUGGGGCAGUCCUGGCAUCCACUUUAGCAAGUUUCUUUCUUGGUGCCUAUGCAGGGGUUGUUGUUUAUCAGGAGUCUUCUUUCAUGUUUGGCCUUCGGUAUGUUAUUGCAGCUUUGUCCCUUUAUGAUGAAUACAGCAAUGAUAUUCUCGACAUGCCAGAAGGAACCUGCUUCCCUAGGCCUCAAUAUCGAAAAAAGGUUGAUUCAUCACAGAGAACUGCACAUUCAAAUUCCUUCUCAAGACCCAACUCCUUGCGAAGGGCUCCUUCUCGCACAUCUUCAAUAAAAAAUAAUAUGGUUGAGUUGAAAUCACUUGAGCUGUUGGAUGGCUUAUUCAAAGAAUGUGGCCUUGUAGGAGAAAAAAUGGUUUCUGAAGGUCUGAUAACUCUGGAAGACAUAGAAGAAGCCAAGUCUGGUACAGGGAAUAGAGUUAUUAGCAUUGGUUUGCCAGCAUAUGUACUACUCCAGGGACUCUUGCGCUCUGCUAAAGUCAAUUCCACGGGUAUAUUGAUUAGUGAUGAAACCGAACUAACUACCACAAACAGACCAAGGGAUAAAUUUUUUGAAUGGUUCCUUAAUCCCCUUUUGAUCAUAAAAGAACAAAUCAAAGCUGAAAAUCUUUCUGCCUCAGAAGAAGACUACCUCUCAAAAUUAGUUCUCUUGAGUGGUGAUGCAGAGAGAUUGAAAAAUUUAAUUAUUGGCCCAGCACCUGAAUCUGAGGUCAAACGUGCUGAACUUGAUGCAUUGGCUAGGAGACUGCAAGGGAUCACCAAAUCCAUGACAAGGUUCCCAACCUUCAAGCGUCGCUUUGAUGAUCUUGUAAAAACAUUAUCUGAUAAUCUUGCUGAGAAGCAUGGAACGUCAACAAUGACCAGAUCAAAGAGUGCCUUUGCUCGGUUGAUCAGUUUAAAAUCUUUCAAGGGGACAAGAACUAAUGGUUCUGGUCAAGGGUCAGAGCAUGUUGUAAGAGACUUGGAAAUUUCUUGAUGAGAAUACCGUGUUACACAUGUAUAUUUUUUUAACUCAAAAGAACAAAAUAUCACCUCAAAGAAAAUGCAAGUGUAAUUGAUAAUAACUCUAAUUUGGGACCAUAUUUGUUCUACAUGUAUACUUGUUCAUGAUACUGAAAUGUGAAGGAA